AGUCUCUUUUACACACACACACACACACACACACACAGAGACUUGUUAAGGUACAGAAAGGUGCAGGGUUCAGCCUUUAUUUCAGUUUAAAACCGGAUUCAAACAGGAAGUGAGCUUUAAACAGAAAAUAGAGGGAAAUGGAGGUGGCAGGAAAUGAGCUUUACAUGAGCCUGAGCAACACAUCAACCUGGAGCAGACGGAAAGAGAUUCAAACCUCAGCUUAACACACUUAGCCUUCACUCACUCAUCCAUCCAUCCAUCCAUCCAUUCAUUCUCUGGAGUCAGGAGGACACCUGGGCUUUCUCAUCUUCUCGUCCUGAAUCAUCAGUCAAGUCUUCCCUCCUCUGUGGCUCGCCCGAGAGAUCUUUGGAGCAUGUCGUCGCCACGGCUGAAGUACCUGUCUUUAGGAGUGCUGGUGUUCCAGACAACCACUCUGGUGCUGACCAUGAGAUACUCGCGCACACUGCAGGCUGACGGGCCUCGUUACCUCGCCUCCUCCGCAGUAGUGCUGGCCGAGCUGCUGAAGAUCCUCACCUGCAUCUGCCUCGUCUGCAAAGAGCACAGUUACAGUGUCCGAGCUCUAAGCAGCGUCCUCAGGCAGGAGAUCAUCCAUAAACCAUUGGAGACACUAAAGCUGGCCAUUCCCUCAGGAAUCUACACGCUGCAGAACAACCUGCUGUACGUGGCACUUUCCAACCUUGACGCUGCGACAUAUCAGGUGACCUACCAGCUGAAGAUCCUCACCACAGCCCUGUUUUCAGUCUCCAUGUUGGGUCGCAGGCUUGGUCUCUAUCAGUGGCUCUCGCUCAUCAUUUUGAUGACUGGAGUAGCUCUUGUGCAGUGGCCCACAGACUCUCCAGGUUCCCCAGAGAAGCAGCAGCUCACAACUGGAUCUCCGUUUGUGGGUUUGGUGGCUGUGUUGGUGGCCUGCUUCUCCAGCGGAUUUGCUGGUGUUUACUUUGAGAAGAUCCUCAAAGAGACCAAGCAGAGUGUGUGGGUCAGAAACAUCCAGCUCGGUCUGUUUGGCCUGGUAUUUGGCCUGUGUGGAAUGCUGGUAUAUGACGGAGAGAGAGUGAAGGAGCACGGAAUGCUGCAGGGCUACAACACCAUCACCUGGACUGUUGUUUCCUUACAGGCAUUGGGAGGUCUGGUCAUAGCCGCUGUUAUUAAAUACGCAGAUAAUAUACUAAAAGGUUUCGCCACGUCCCUGUCCAUCAUCCUGUCCACACUCAUUUCCUACUUCUGGUUGCAGGAUUUCGAGCCGACAAGCAUUUUCUUUCUGGGAGCCGUGCUGGUCAUAGUCGCGACGUUUUUGUACAGCUACGAAGGUAAAAACGCGUCGACCCAGAGCCGAGCGUGACGUGACGCCGGGGGCCCCGGGAUACAGCUGGAGGGCCGGGAUGAAGCUGAGGAGAUGAAGAGGAUCGCAGAAGUGAAAUGAAAAUGAGGAGGAGGACAGGGGAAGGUUGACGGCGAUAUCUGAAGCGACUCGUUCUUUGAGGAAGAGUCCACGCUUUUAUACCAUCACUGUAUACAACAAGGAAAUCUCGAGGAAGAAGAGACAAUAAAACUGUCCAUACGUGCUUCAUGACUCUGAUACUCGAGACUUUCACUGGAGUGCCAUUCAGUUCUGUGUGUGUGUGUUUGUUUUUAAGCCAUGUCAUGCACCUGAAUGCUGGAAUUCUUUCCUAAUUACAGUCAUUUGGAGUGUCAUUUUACCCAUGAACAAACUCCAUACACUGAAAAUGCAAUGAGUGUAAUAAUCUAUUCAAACUUGAACUUGAAAUGAAUUAUUAAAUAAUUUUAGUAAGUA